CAGUUUCAUAAAGUUAUGACUCCAGAUAUUGAAUAUUCUGUGAUUUAUUCUGAUGGAUUUGUCUCCCGCUCACAGGGAGAGCUUGGAGUCUCAGGGCCCAGAGGAGAGGAUGGUCCAGAGGGGCCAAAGGGUCGUGUUGGACCCCCUGGUGAGCUCGGGCCACUUGGAUUGGUUGGAGAGAAGGGUAAACUUGGUGUGCCUGGACUUCCUGGAUAUCCUGGAAGACUAGGACCAAAGGGAUCUCUUGGAUUCCCAGGAUUCCCUGGGUCAAAUGGCGAGAAGGGAACAAGGGGUCUUAGUGGCAAAGCAGGGCCCAGAGGACAAAGAGGACCCACGGGCCCCAGAGGGCAGAGAGGACCGAGGGGCUCCACUGGGAAAUCAGGAGCAAAGGGAACAUCAGGAAGUGACGGCCCUUCUGGUCCACUUGGAGAGAGGGGAUUGCCCGGGCCUCAGGGAGCCAACGGUUUCCCAGGACCAAAAGGACCUCCUGGACCCCCAGGAAAGGACGGGCUGCCUGGACACCCUGGGCAGAGAGGAGAAGUUGGUUUCCAAGGUAAAAUGGGUCCACCUGGGCCUCCUGGAGUUGUUGGACCUCAGGGUCCAUCAGGAGAGACCGGCCCCUUGGGUGAGCGUGGCCACCCUGGACCCCCAGGUCCACCUGGAGAGCAGGGACUUUCUGGUCCCUCAGGAAAGGAAGGUACCAAAGGAGACCCUGGACCCCCUGGAGGGCCUGGGAAAGAUGGACCACCAGGACUGAGAGGCUUCCCCGGAGAGAGAGGACUUCCUGGAACCCCUGGAGGUGGAGGACUGAAGGGAAGUGAAGGACCUGCCGGACCCCCUGGACCUGCUGGAUCUCCUGGUGAGAGGGGUCUAGCUGGUACUGCUGGACCUGUUGGACCUCCUGGCAGACCAGGCCCUCAGGGGCCUCCUGGACCUUCUGGAGAGAAGGGAGUUCCUGGUGAAAAAGGCCCUAUUGGCCCAGCAGGUCGUGAUGGAGUGCAGGGUCCUGUGGGUCUGCCUGGCCCUGCUGGAUCACCUGGAGUACCAGGAGAGGACGGAGACAAGGGUGAAGUUGGAGAACAUGGUCAGAAGGGCGCCAAGGGAGGUAAAGGAGAGCAUGGUCCUCCUGGUCCACCCGGGCCAAUGGGUCCUGUUGGUCAGCCUGGACCUGCUGGUGCUGAUGGAGAGCUUGGAGCCAGGGGCCAGCAGGGACCUUUUGGAUCCAAAGGUGACGAAGGUACCAGAGGAUUCCCAGGAGCCCCAGGACCCAUCGGACUGCAGGGAUUGCCAGGAACUUCAGGUGAGAAGGGAGAGACUGGAGAUGUUGGACCCCUGGGUCCACCUGGACCUCCAGGCCCCCGUGGCCCUGCUGGACCCAACGGUGCUGACGGUCCUCAAGGUCCUCCUGGUGGUUUGGGUAACCCUGGCCCUCUUGGAGAGAAGGGAGAGCCCGGUGAGGGAGGACCACCUGGAAUUGGAGGAGAGCCAGGAAAGAAGGUGAGUGUCGGACUCUUACAGCUCAGGGUAGGAGAUAAGGAGGCUGUGGCUCCGCUGACAGGAUGAUCUUUCCUACUGCGAUCUCACAUUAGCUCACCAUGACUUCACUGAAAAUGUACGAGGGUGCUGGUGCUGACCAUCCGGUCUCAUCAUGUCCUCAGCUUCAGCACCACCAGGGUCUGGACUCCAUCGGGGGAUUUAUUCUGUCCACGCUCAGAAUUGUCAUUCUUCAAACAUCAAUCACCCCCAUAGAGUCCAAGCGCCAAAGGAUUUCUGUCAAGUCACAUUUCCAUGUUAUCCAUUAUAAUAAAUCUUUUUUUUCUU